GCAGAACCCGUCGGGGGCGGUGCAGCUCGGCCAUGGCGGAGCCGGUGGGUCCCGGUUCGUCCCCGCUGCUGGCGGCCGCUUGCCGGGCGCACCAAGCGGCUUUCGGGGGUGCGGCGGUGCUGGCAGCGUGGGCCCCCGGCCGGGUCAACCUCAUCGGAGAGCACACCGACUACAACGGCGGCUUCGUGCUGCCCAUGGCCCUGCAGCUGGGGACGGUGCUGGUGGGAUCCCCCACGCAGGACGGGACCAUCUCCAUCAUCACCACCUCGGCAGAGGCGGACGAGCCCCACAGGGUGCAGUUCCCGGCUCCCGGUCCCGGCAACUCCCUGAGCCCGGGGCUGCCUCGAUGGGCCAACUACGUCAAGGGGGUCAUCCAGCACUACCGGGGUGGUCCCGUGCCAGGCUUCAGCGCUGUCAUGGCCAGUGAUAUCCCCCUGGGCGGGGGCCUCUCCAGCUCGGCUGCUCUGGAGGUGGCUACGUACACCUUCCUCCAGCAGCUCUGCCCUGAUGAUGGGGAUUUGGUAGCCAAGGCUCUGGCCUGCCAGAAGGCAGAGCACUCGUUUGCUGGGAUGCCCUGCGGGAUCAUGGACCAGUUCAUAUCCGUGAUGGGCAAGGAAGGCCACGCACUGCUCAUCGACUGCAGGUCCCUGGAGACCGUCCUUGUCCCCCUGAGCGAUGCCAGCCUGGCCGUGCUCAUCACCAACUCCCAGGUGCGGCACACGCUGUCGGGCAGCGAGUACCCAACGCGCCGGCGGCAGUGCGAGGAGGCAGCGGCGGCGCUCGGCAAGGCCAGCCUGAGGGAUGCCACCCUGGCCGAGCUGGAAGAGGCCAGGAGCCGGCUGGGGGACGAGGUGUUCCGGCGGGCCAGGCACGUCAUCGGCGAGAUAGCCCGGACAGCGCAGGCAGCACAGGCACUGCAGCACAGGGACUACAGAACGUUCGGGAGGCUGAUGGUGGAGAGCCACAACUCCCUCAGGGAUGACUAUGAAGUGAGCUGCCCAGAGCUGGACGAGCUGGUGGCAGCAGCCCUGGAAGUCGAUGGGGUUUAUGGCAGCAGGAUGACCGGGGGAGGCUUUGGAGGCUGCACGGUGACGCUGCUGGAAGCUGGGGCUGCAGAGAGAGCCCAGCAGCACAUCCAGGAGAAAUACAGUGGCACAGCCACCUUCUACCUCACCAAGCCCUCAGAUGGUGCAAAGGCCCUGGCCCUGUAGAGGAGAGACCCCCUCACCUGGGACCCUUGGGCUGGCAUUGCCUCCCUCCCCAAGGGGAUCCAUUUGUCCAUCUGCAUCAUUUGCCUAAUAAAAACAAAACAUUUGCACAGUGUC